CCCAACGCCAUCUGUCGAUGUCAUUGCAAAGUCUAUUGCGAAAGGUUUUUACGCGUUCUGUUAUAUCUGGAAAAUCUAUUUGUUUUAUUUAUAGGUUGACAGCAGAUACGACACCUCAACUCACAGUUUCUACGGGGAUGUUUUAUUUAUCUUGUAUAAUAACGUGUUCUGUGAAGUGAAAAUGCCACCUAAGCAAAGGAAAAUUGCCAUAAUGGGCUAUAGAUCAGUGGGAAAGUCAUCACUGAGCAUUCAGUUCGUUGAAGGACAAUUUGUGGACUCAUAUGAUCCUACAAUAGAAAAUACAUUUACAAAGUCUACUCGAGUUAACAGUCAAGAAUAUGAAUUGAAGCUUGUUGAUACAGCUGGGCAAGAUGAAUAUUCGAUAUUUCCAGCUCAGUACUCAAUGGAUAUACAUGGUUAUGUCCUGGUCUAUUCAAUUACUUCAUCAAAGUCAUUUGAAGUUGUACAGAUAAUAUAUGACAAAUUGCUUGACAUGACAGGGAAGGUUCAUGUACCAAUUGUUCUGGUGGGCAACAAAACAGAUCUCCAUAUGGAACGGAUGAUCAGCAGUGAGGAAGGAAAGCGAUUAGCAGACUCCUGGAAAGCAGCUUUUCUUGAGACAUCUGCUAAACAGAAUGAGUCUGUGGCAGACAUCUUUCAUACAGCAUUACUUGAGAUUGAAAAAGCAAAUGGUGAUGUCCAAGAGAAAAGCAAUUGUGUCAUUUCAUGAGCAGAAACACACAACCUGCUGGCUAGGAUGUAAGCAUGAGCAAGCUACACUUCCACAUAAAUUAAUCAGAUGGCAGUAUAAGAAAUAAUAGUGGGGUCAUUUUAUGUGAUUUGUUACAGAAGUAUGCCCGAAAUUGAUGCCCCUAACUGUAUCCAUUUAGUCUUAUGUACAUAAGUGAAUCUAGAAGUAUCUGGCAUUUGUCAUUAACUACAUCAUAGCAUCAAAAAUAUGAUUUCUCAAAGUAGACAAUCUGCUUUUUGCAUUAGGUAAAGCUGCUUUGCACACCUAAGGGAAUGCUGUUUUAUAAAACAGAAACUAUUAACACCAAAUAGGAAUGUGUUUUUCAAAGCUUUUGAGAGAUUAAGCUAAUAUGAAAAGUAUUUACAUAUAUGAAUUGGUACAGAAUAUGCAAAACAAAAAUUUUAAAUUGUUAUUAUCUCAUGAUUUUUAUGUAUUCAUUGACUCUUUCUGGAUACUUAUUUUCACACUGUAAGCUUAUUCAUUUAUAUAAUUUGGAAGCUGUUUAAGCUUAAUUUACAUUAGUUACAAGUAAAUAGUAAAGUAUCUGUACCUGUGAGGAUGGGUUUAGAACAGAAAUGACUGAUAUACACCUUAAUAAUUGUAUCAUACUGAAGUAUUAUUUAUCCUAUAUAACACACUUCAUAAUUUUUUGGGGGAAGAAACAGUUGGAAAGAAUACAUAAUAAGGAAAAUAGGCUUAUAUUAACAGUGAUUACCAUAUUAUGAGUUUGUAUUUUAAAUAUGUUUAUGGUUAUUGUAUAUAAUCCUGUAUGUAAAGUGGUAGCGUUUAUUUUGAAAUUAGUUUGAUUUCAAAAUACCUGGCUUUGUGAAUAUGUAUGUAUGAAUGGGAUUGAAAAUUGUAAUACAGCAUAAUCUUUCUUUUCUAGUGAUUUGGUUUAUUUUUAGCAUUCAAAUACACAACAUUGUUAGCACUAGAUGUAACCAUAGUGCCGCAUGGGGAAGUAUAUUUUGCAUAUAUAUAGUACAGAAAUGUGGUUCUGCUAGCAUGUCUACAGCUUACUUCUACUUGUGAGCACAGAUUGUGUUGUACAAUAAAGAAUAUAAACCAAUAAGA